GAAACAAAAGAGAUGCAAAGUGUUAACAGUAUUCCUGGCUCUGUUUUGAUUUGUUUUGCCAUUUGUCAGUUUAUAUUUGAAUACAUUAUGUUCGAUUGGACUUCAGCUUUUCUUUUCAGAGCCAAGCUAAACAACGAAAGCAAAGUGUUUGCAAAUGGUACAAUUUAUUACCACUGAAGGGCUUUUAUUCAGAUGCUGACAUGACCUCGUUCGACACACUUUGGGACUCUAAAUCUCUGGACAGCUGUAUCCAGAGCACACUCGCGGUGCUUUACCCGCCAUUCGAAGCCAGUGGUGGCACUGUGCUGUGCCAGGUGCUGGAUGUGGUCGAGUCAUCGUACCGUGGAGACGGCCUGCGCUACCUCAUUGACUUCCUGGUCCCCGCCAAGCACAUUCUUCAGAGCAUCCAGCAUGACGCAUGUUUUCCAUAUUGUGGUUUCCUGUUCCGCCAUGAGGGGUGGCCACUGUGCAUCCACGAGAAGAUCAUAGUCCAGUUGACCUCUUUGGACAGGCGUGUCCUUCAGCCCGGUGACUUCUAUCUGCAGGUGGCUGCAUCACCCAAAAAACCCCCACGCAUCACCCUCAAGUGCCUAUCAGGAAGUGGGCAGCAUGUGGAAGAGCUGGAGAUCCCGGAGUUAGCAUAUAGCACACUUUUCAGCAUGGCCUGGCUGGACUCUGUCAAUCAGGAGAGAAGCGGAAAUGGCAGAGUCACCCUCGAGCACUGCCUUUUGUCUGCUGAUAAUGACAUUUUUAGGGUGCCUUGGGAAGAUGUCGUUCAUCCCGAGUUCAUUAGCAGACCCCCGAAAGCGAGCCAGUUGGUAUUGGAGAAUAGAACAGUUGAGAAAACUGAGGUAAAAGAAGGGCAGGACGACUGUGCUUCUGAAUCUGGCCAUGAAGUUUUGAUUGACACAUCCAUGGCAGAGUCAAGGGAGAGACAGGAUUCGUGUAAGGUGGUGAAACUUCUCCCUGCUCUAGAGCAGAACAGUAGUGGAAGGAGCAGUGCCGCUGAUGAUUCAGAAGGUGAAUAUGUAGAACUUGCAGAUAUCACUCUGCCACGCUUUUCCCCACAGAAAGGCUCUUUGACUCAGGCUAUAAGCAUGAACUACAGAAAUCUACACAAACCACGGACUACAGAACCUCAACAACCCAGUACUAAUGCAUUGGAGAGCUCUGUGAAAAGUGACAAGUGUCCCCAGAGCAUUUUAUGUGCCAUGUUGAUCGAGGAGAACCUUACUGAGCCAUUUCAUCAUCAGACGCCAGCAGAUCUGCACAGCAAGAGGCAGGAGGCGAACACGUGUGAACCAACGUCUUCUAAAGGUACAUCCUCCUCUGACUGUAUGCUUGAGCAUGAGCCUGUGCCAGUGUGUGUGCCUGAAGCCUUGGACUGCAUCAGUACAGCACUUUGUGACUUGAAAACGAACAAUGAGAUGAAUAUAGACUGUGACUCUUCAAAUCUUGUGCCAGAACCAGAUUCUAACCAGCCUACACUUAAUAGCUAUACUGCUAAUGUAGAUGAUGCAAAUGCCAUGGAUAAGCAAAGAAUUGUAAGUAGGGAUGAAACUGACAGUAACCCGAGUGACUACCCUGCUCAACAGGACACAAGCAAAACAAACACAGAGCUUGUGGCGGCUUCCACUUCUGUUGAGACUCAAAAAGAGGCACAGCUAGAGGUAGAGGCUAGUCAGAAAGUACAGACUGAGUGUAAACAGGAAGAUCCUACAGACCAGCCAGCCAGCCAGCCUGCAGAAUCUGAGAGUAGGACUUGUAGUAGUGACACUGAGGAGGUCAGUCCAGGGUCAGCAAGCCCCCAGGGGCAGCAGGUAGACUGGGCUAUUGUCUCCACACAGCCUGGGGAGGGUUACGUUACAGCCAUUCUUUCAGGUCAUAAGAGGACAGAGGCAUGUGAGAGGAAAGAAAGUGAGAACAGGAACAAGGGAUAUGUAGAUACAGAAAUGGGCCAACCAAGGGAUGAGACUGAGGGUGAACAAUUAACUGAGAUGCAACAUGUGGAUGAGAGUGAAGCAGGUACAGAAGGGAAGGAAACUGAGAAUGAAUCGAACCCAGAGGAUAUGACAGUUAAUACGGUAGAAGAAGCAGUGACUCCACAAACAGGUUUGAUUAAUUCCAUACCUGAAUCUUGCACAAAAGUAAACACACCUCCGGGUCAACAGACAGGCAGGUCUUUAGAUACAGAGGAAAGACAAGAAACUCUAGAGAGACAAAAGAAAGAGUUCAAGUUGGUAGAGGAAUGCAAAAGUAUGCAGAUUGAGCCCAAGGAGGCUGAGGAUGUUGGAAUUAUGGGAUGUCCUGUGAUUGAGAAUGAGGUAACCAUAGAGAAUAAGACAGAGUCUGCAGUCUUUCAGAAUCAUAGCGUUAUAUCAGAUGUGCCCACAGCAGAUGUCUAUGCACCUGCAGAGCAAAUGAAUACAGACACUAUGGAUGCACUGGUGGAGGGAGUGAAUACCUCUCCUGUUGUCCAAGUGGAGGAGGAGAUGAACAGCCGACAGGAAGAAAGGAUAGAGAUGCAGAGGGCAGAGGAUGAGCCCGUAACUUCUGUUAAUAAUACUCAACUGGAAGCAGGCAAGGAGUUUCAUCAGCAGCAGCAGGAGAAAGACUUGAUGCAUACAGCGGACCCGUUGCUGUGUCCAGCUUCAGUGACUCCUCCUCUGGGUGAAAUUCACAGCGAGGACUGUACAGUGACACCACAGGGUUCUCUUCCUGCAUCUCCCAGUCAGGCUGUGAGGAAUCUGCCUCUUCUUACUGAAACUCACAAUAUCAACUCUGACAUCCUGCGCUCUGGAGUGCUCUGCCUGCCUGGGACACGAGACAAAUCAGGACAUGCACUCGUAACAGUGACAACAAGAAACACCGCUUGGCUGAACCCAAACUGCAACAGUAGUGAGCUUGUGCGCAUAAUGGUCUACUUCUAUGCCAUUCUCAGAAAGGAAGUGCAGGCGUUGGGUUUGACUGUUCUAGUGGACGCCCGCAGGUGCUCACCUGUCCCUGCUCUCUUCAAAGCCUUCACUUUCCUGCAGGAGGCCAUGCCUGGAUGCAUCCACAGUGUCCUAGUGUUGGCUGACAGAGAUCUGGCUUUACGCAUGGAGAAGCCUACUGCAGUUCAGGUGGAGUUGCUGACCUCUCUGAAGUCUCUCUAUAAGCAUAUUAAGGUUUCUCAGCUCCCCUCUGAGUUUGAUGGCACUUUUCCUUUCUCCCAUAACAGCUGGAUCUGUUUCAGGAUUAGGGUUGAACAGUUGACCAGUAAUUGCGAGAACGCCAUAAAUCUUCUGCAACGCACAAUCAACAGGAUGGAGUCUACAGUUCUCCCUCCUACUGCUGAGGAGGCACAAGUGCUUCUGUACGAGUAUAAAGAGCUCAUGAGGAGCGUGUUGGAGGACAGUCAGCUGGUGCGCCUGCAGCUGGAGGGAGGAGCCGCUCUGUCCCGCCUCCGCAAAGAGGAAACCAGCGUCAGCCUCACUGAGGACUACAGAGAUGCCAUUGAGAAUGUGGGAAGUCUGUACAAUCAGGUGGACGAGCUGGUCCAUAAGCUCGUAAUGCUCUCCAACAAGUGCACUCAGGAGCUGGAGUUUAUUAUGGAGUUCAAGAGCCUGGAGGAGGGAUUCAGGGAGGUGAGUCAGUGGAUAGAUAAGGUUGGAGAAAGUAGGCUGCAGACACUGGGCGAGCUGGAGGAUUCUUUGGAGCAGCUACGCAGCAAGCAGGCGCUUUUCAGAGAAUUCUACUCAGCGGCUUAUGAGCACUGUAAGAGUGGAGAAGCACUUCUGGAGCGGUUAGAGCGAUGGGAGGAUAUCUCUUCAGCAGAGCUGCAUGCGUACGAGGUUAAAGUGCGUUCCUUCUGGGUUCACUUGCACAAUUUCUCUCAGAGAGUAGAAGACACUAAGGAGAAAAUCGACAAGACUGUGCGCCUUUACGAGUUCUUUGACAAGGCAUAUGGAUGGGCUCUAGAAGGCAUGAGGCACUUGGCCUGUGUAAGUAUGGAGGAUUGUAGCGCACCUGAGAAGUGCCAGGGAGUGAUGGCUUGCCUGGAGAGCUACCGCAGCCAACACGUGCCGAUCCCAGAUGCACAUUUUCAGGAGAUGAAGGACCUCGCUGUGGAGUUAAAGAGCGACCAGGGCCUUAAACAGUGGAAAUUUGCCUGGUCAAAGUGCCAGGAAACCAAGCAGAUAUUUGAGAAAAAGCUGGAGGCGGCACUGCGUACCCGCAACUCCGGUUCAGGUGCCAGCAACCCCCGUGGACCCCAGGAGCGGAGUAGCAGUCUUUCGUUCUCCUGCAGGAAAGCCUUCAGCAGCAUCCGUGCUCGUGACCGCGUCUCCUCUACCCCCUGCAGCCCAGUAGGCACUCAUUCAGAUGGCCACGUUUCUCUAAGAACUCAAUCAGGAAGUGUUUGUCACACAGAAAACCGGAUUCCACACAGCACUCCGCUUAACUCACACAGACUCACCCGCAGCACAUCUUCAGAUGCAUCUCCUUACCCAGAUUACUCAUCUUCCUGUUCCGCCAGCCCUGCACUCUCCUCUCUUGGAGACACAAAACGAAGGGUUCUAAGGAAAACUCAGAGCUUCGAUGCUGCUGGAAGCGAGGUGGGCACACGCUAUGGCACGUGCCAAAGGACGCUAAGUGAGCCGGCACGCAGAGGCCACAUGGGCGUGUUUAUAAAAGGCCUGGAGGUGAGCAGCACAGAGGGGAGUGAUCGGCACUACAACUCGCACCUAGCACCAGCACACAACUGGGCAUCGCAAGAUACACAACUUACAGGGAGCCCUGUUCCAGAGCCACGUGCCAAGGGCAGUAAACUGCGACACAUCGUGGAUGAAAUGGUGACAACAGAGCGUGAAUAUGUACGCUCCUUGCGUUACAUUAUUGAUCAUUACUUCCCCGAGAUGGAGCGUCCUGACCUGCCUCAGGACCUGCGGGGAAAGCGCAGCGUCAUCUUUGGCAACCUGGAGAAGCUGGUAGACUUCCACAGUCAGUACUUCCUCAAGGAGCUGGAGAGCUGCUGUAACCAUCCCCUCCGCGUCAGCCACUGCUUCCUGCGCCAUCAAGAUCAGUUUGGAUUGUACGCUCUGUACAGCAAGAAUAAGCCCAAGUCAGAUUCACUGCUGGCCAGCCAUGGAAACAGCUUCUUUAGGCAUAAACAGCUGGAGCUGGAAGAUAAGAUGGACUUGGCCUCGUACCUGCUGAAGCCCAUCCAGCGAAUGAGUAAAUAUGCUCUGCUGCUCAAGGAUCUGAUUAAGGAGGUGAGUGAGGCUCAGGAGCAGGAGCUGUCGUAUCUACGUGCUGCUGCUGAGAUGGUCAAAUUCCAGCUGCGCCAUGGCAACGACCUGCUAGCCAUGGAUGCCAUCCGUGACUGCGAUGUGAACCUGAAGGAGCAGGGCCAGCUGGUCCGCCAGGAUGAGUUUACCAUCUGGUACGGGAGGAAGAAGUGCCAGAGACAUGUGUUCCUGUUUGAGGACCUGGUACUGUUCAGCAAACCCAAACGCAUUGAGGGAGGCCUAGACGUCUACAUUUACAAGCACUCCUUUAAGACUGCUGAUGUGGGGAUGACUGAGAAUUCGGGGGAGAACGGGCUACGCUUUGAGAUUUGGUUUCGCAGGAGAACAUCAAAGAACCAGACAUACAUCCUCCAGGCUGCUACCGCUGACAUUAAGCAAGCAUGGACCGCAGACAUUGCCCGCAUACUGUGGCAACAGGCCACACGCAACAAAGAAAUCCGUAUGCAGGAGAUGGUGUCCAUGGGAGUGGGCAAUAAGCCAUUUUUGGAUAUUAAACCCAGCGAUGCUGCUAUCAACGACCGGGCCAUUGAUUACAUCAUGAAAGGCAGAGGAGCCAGGACGAGAGCUUCCAUCGCCGUCUCCCUAUUUGACCACACUAAUCCAUUUAAGAGAGCCGCAGUGAGUGUGCCAGCGAAUGGACCUCCAGGGGCAGGUGGACCUCCCUCUUCCACACUGCUGGGGCCACUAAACCUUCACAUGUACAGCAGUCAGACGCUGCUAUCAGGAGAGAGACCCCUAAUCAGCCCCUGCAUCGAAGAAGAUGAGCUUGAGCAUGAAACCAGCAGUCAGCCCUCUAUGACUACAGAGAGUUCAGGAUCAUCCUCACACUGUCUGUCAGGCAGCGGCUCAAGUGGUUCAGACAGCGGCUGUGUGUCCAGUCACCUCCCCGAGGCUCUGUCUGAGGAGCCUAGUUCACCAUGCGACUCAUCCUGCUUCACCUCUGAGCAUAAACCCAGCUUCAACACCCAAUACAUUUCAACGAAAGGUGCUCAGGUUCUAGGCCCAUCCACUAUAGUGUGAGUGCUCUGUAUAACCACAGCUGCUACUGUUUAAAGUCUGGCUGCCCUUCUAGAAGAUGACAGUGCCACCUCACACAGAAGAGGAAACAGGCGUGUAUUUAUUGUUCUGCCCAAUCUCCGGCAAAUUUCAUUUCCUCAUACAGACUUUUGAUAGAGCUGGGAAAUAGCACUGUUUAAAAAAAAAAAAAAAAUGCCACUUGUGAUCUGAUAAAGCAUAUAUAUAACUUUUUUUAAGGAUGUUGAUUUAAAUGUUGUAUUUAUCAUUUUGUUUUUUAAGUUCUGGUACAGUAGUUUUCUGUACUCAUCAGUAACUGUAAAUAAGAAUUGCUUUAGUUUAACACAGUUGGAGACUGUUUCUCAGUUUGUUUUUCUUAUUUGUCUAUUGACCACUUUGCUGUAGACUGCAAAAGAAUUGGCUCUGGAAUACCUCAAUACCAGAAGGCACACCUACACCUGAUCAUAAGGGUACAACGACACUCCUCCGAUAGUUCAAAAGAAGCAUGUUCUUCACUUUUACACCUGAAGAAUGUUCACUUCAGUUUUUAUUUCUUUGUUUAUUUCUUUGUUGCGAUUGUCUAAACUGACCUGUGGCCAGUCACUUGCCUCGCUGGAUUUCAGCUGCUCCAGCUUUUGAAGCUCAGCCCUGUUCCAGGAUCAGUGUUCAUGUUCACGUAGCAGUCAGCAAGAAACACUGAGGAGAGUUUCACUGAUCCUAGGUCAGUCAAAGCCGGUUGCUGCUCAGUGGCCACUGAUCACCGUUAAAACCUGUUUGAGGAGAGAGUUAAUUUUACUUGUCUUGUAUCUGCUUAAUCGAUAACAGCAAAAUGACUGACGAACAACACUGUACAUUGCCUGUAAAUAUUAGCACCUGUGGUGCAUAAGUAAAUAGCAUGUAGUGAGUAAGACUGCGAUUACUUUGUACCUGAAUACGAAUAUGAAUAUGAAUACAUUAGUCAGCCAACCAGGGAAUCACUAAAGUGCCAUUUAUAUCAGCUAUAAAAACAUUCACAUGUUAAAAAAACAAAUUGUUUUUUUAUUUUAUUUCCAUUUACAGUUGAAGAAUAAAUGUCACUUUAAAGUGUCAUAUUUUUAACAGAUUCACACAAAUAAAACUGGAUUGGUUUGUAUUCACAAUGAA